AUGGCCACCAGGUGCGUUUCCAGUAGCAGAUGGGCUCUGCAAGUGAUUCUCGGACUUGAUAUCCAUAUGCUUGGACAGCAGCGCAACUUGCAGCUGCCUCGACUAUGCUGGCACCGCUGGGUCUCGAGCCAAUAUAACGGAGUCUACUGGAACAAGGCCAGGGGAAAAUACCAUGCACGAGUCGGCUUCAAGGGACAGCACAAACAUGUGGGCUAUUUUCUGACGGAGCAGGAGGCGGCACAUGCAUAUGACCUGCGACUUCGAGGUUUGUGUCACGAUGGAAUUCGCUUAAAGCGAUCGCUGAACUUUCCCACGCCACUGGAAGCGUCCUUUAAGGAAGACCCGCAGAAGUCGCGGCGCCGUGCCCUCGCAGUUUAUUCCAAGAAUGCCAGCAAGGAAGACGCAUCCUUUGAUCGAUUGCGGCGCCUUUUCAUGUCGUCGCCGCAAGCAGAGACCUACGAGAUCAUCCGAGUAUCAGAAUCCUCCAAAGUGGAUGCGCUCUUCCAGCCCCGAGGCUCUCUAACUGGCGGGCUUGCCUUGCAACUGAAGUCGGCCAGUUUUCGCCAGCAAGACUAUGGAUAUGUAUUCUCUCGGACACGUGGGUAUGCCGGAAUGUUGUUGGUGCUGUUGCCGCUUGACGGCGAUGCAUUAUGGGCCUUGCCAGGGGCAUCUGUGACACAAUGGCACUUCUUCAUAAAGCCUGGUUCGAGCAGGGACAUGGCGCUUCAGGUCAGAGACGUCGGCUCGUUGCUGGAGGGCUGCUAUCGCAACAGACAGGACUUUCCUCACCUCUCGCUUUCAGAGGCUCGCUUACAGUGCAGUCCCACCCACCUCGUUGAAGAGCAGGCCCAUGCUCUGUUGACGACGUUGUUCAGCCGCAUCGGCUGUCAGCUUCAGAAGUCGUUUGCAGGCUUGGCAACUGUGGACUCCGUGCUUGUUGGUGAAGGAGGCAGGUGGCGCGUUCAGGAGAAAGCAUCAACUCUUCAAGCACGCGGUUACUCAGCAAAUCUUUGGAAGUGCGGAGGAGCGCUGGGUAGACUUGCAUAUGCAGAGACGGACUUCGACCUUCUCUUGGUGUCACUCCUGGAUGACGGCCAACUUGCUGGGCUAUUUGCCUUCCCUUCCGACCUUCUGACAAAUUUGGGGUAUUUAGGACAAAGGGCUUGCGGCUUGCAGCUGCACCCCCCCUGGAGACUUCCAAAGGGGGAGAAGACCAGGGUUAAGUAUGCUUGGCAGCUGGCGUAUUUUGUGGAUUUGCGCAAGUGGGAUGCAGAGACGCCGCAGCUGCCUGCCGAAAUGCGCUGCGUUCUGGGAGCCCUGCUUGCGAGACUCGCGGAAGGCCAGGAGAAAACAAGGCGGCGCGUGGCCCAAGCAGCAGCGGAGAGGGUGUUUCCAGAAGUUGGCUUGGCAGAGGCCCUCAAGGCCUCGCCCUUGGCCGCUGCUCUGGACAUGGCGACGAGCCGCCCCGAGGGCGAGCGGAGGCCCAGCGUGUCCUCGCAGCCGCUGAACACGGAGCUUUGCCGGCAAAGUGGGAACAUGAACCUCGCCGACAUAAAAGCCACUGCGAAGACGGACCCCUUCUUGGCGCUGGAUCGGCUGAGGUCGGAGUUCCAGGAGAUCGGCCGGAUCCAGCACUUCGGGGGCGGCUCCCUGGCGAGCGGCAGCGUCACGCCCAGCAGCGCCCGGAGCAGCGUGUCACCCUCCAUGUCUUUCAAGAAGAAGACGGAGCCCCACAGCCUCAGCUCGCUCCGCGAAGCCUCCUCGCGGUCCUCCGAGCGCUCGCGCGUCAGCCGCCGCUUCGGCUUGCGGCAAGCUACCGCAGGCAAGGGCGUUGAGGAGUCCUUCUCGCCGGUGUCCCUGCAAAAUGGCUUGUCUCCUCGGCGGAAGACAUGCCCCGACCUCCUGGAGAACCAGGUCAAGGAGAAGUGGCUCCAGGAGCGCCUGGCCGAGCAGGUGUCCCUGCAAUGCGUCUUGCAGUCAGCUAGGCUGCGAAAAGCGAAAAAGAACCUGAUAAUCGACGCCGAGCUCGAGCGCCUGCGGGCUGCUUUGGCAGCUGCCGGCCGGGCGGCGGCUCGAUUGCGGCCAAUGAAGGUAGGCCGUGGUCUACGCAGCCAGGUGGAGCUGGCAUCAAAGCCGGAGUCCGCCAGCGCCUCCCCUGAGUUGAGGCCCCUUGCCGGACCCUCGCAGCCGGAGGUCACGGCCACCCCGCUGCUCUGCGCCUCCGCCCUGAGGCACACCGUCUCUGCUUGUGGAGAGGGCCUCUUGGCGGCGGCCGCGGCCAAGGCAAAGGAGGCGAUGGGGCCCUUGGCGGUCUCUGAGGGAGAGCCCCUGGAGGAAGCGAGGACCAGCACGGCGCACGCUACGGAUGCCCUCUGGGCUGAGAUCCUACACCAGCAGGCGGUUCGGCUCGCGCAGCUGGAGUCGGAGAACCAGUCCUUGCGCUGGCGCGCCGACCGACUCCGAAAGGCCCCUGAGCCAGGGGAGCUCCGGAGCCUACUUGCGGCCCAGGCGGAGGUCGUCGCUCAGCUGAUGCCGUCAGACCAACCACGAUCACCAGUGGAAGUGACGAGCGAUGCCUAUGAGGCUCAGAUCCAGAAAGCGUGCCACAUGCGGCGCCUGCAAUCGCCACACGCGGAGCCGUUGCAGCUGCUGGACGAGUGCCUGGCCUUCUCCGGGCGCAAGUUCUGGGAGGACAGCCGCUGGCAAGAGCAGGUCCAUCGCGACGCCCUGGCGACCAUUGAGGCUCUGCUUCUGGAGCGUGAGCGACUCCGCUUCCUGCAGAUGCCCCCUUCAGGUGUCGAGGAUUCUUUGGCUCGGGCCGAAGACCUCUGCCGGGCACUGUGCGACGAGGUCGAAGGGGAUCAGGCGGGCGCCAAGCAAGCCGAUGCCGUCCCGGCCGCCGCCAAAGCCGGCAGUCGCCGGCCGUCGUUUCGUGGGCAGCUGCCUUCCGAGGCCCCGGGGCCGGUGUCGUGCUCUGCGCUAGGUCAAGUGCAAGUCACGGUAGUACAUUCCGUACCGCACAAGAUGGCACUUUGGGAGGUUGUGGGCGGUGUGGGUCAUAGCGGCGUCCUGGUGCGCUCGGGCCCGUCACUUUCGGACGAGCUUUGCGAGGCGCGGCUCAGCACCGGUGCCGUGGUCAAGGAGAUCGACAGCAUGGAUGGACGUCUCUGCUACGAGCUUGUGCGUGGUGAGGGCCCUGCCAGGGGCUGGGUUACCAUGAAGCUGCGUGGCAAGGACCUCCUUGUGAAGGCUGAGGACUCGGAGCCAAGCCGUGCUCAGCGCCGUGGACGAUUCUCGGAGUGGGCCUCGCAGAAGUCAGAGGUGGCCGUGGUUGAGGACGCUUCGACGGGAAGCGAAGUGGAGAUGCCAGCUGUGGUCACCAGCGAGUCCGAGGACAACACGGAGAACACCCAAAUCCAGGCCGGCAAGGAGCCGACAGAGGAUGAGCGUGAAGCCUUCCGCCAGUACACCGAGAAGUUUGGGGAAUGCCGGGACGGCUCCAACCCAGGCUACAGCCGAAAGGCUUUCCCGUGGUUCACAGGACCCGGAAAGCCACCGCAGGGGGAGAAAGUGUCCACUGAGUCGCUCCAAGCAGCGCUCAGCUACCGACCAACCAAGAAGCCCUUGACGAAGGUCAACCUCACAGAGGUGGACUCCGACCGGGAGGAGAUCCCACUGUGCACGCGCUGCUCCAUGCCCGUGGGCGAGUUUGCCUACCAGGGCCGUGAGGGCAAAGAGACCUGUGUCCACACCGAGUGCAUGGCCCAGGUCCUCCUGAAGGAGGCCCAACGCGAGGAGGAGCAUCGCACAACCCGGGAGAACAACAAGAAGCUCAAGAACCGCAUGGAGUACAACAUCGGCUGGCGCAUGGACAGCGUUCCGACGAACCUUCGCCUGGCGGAACGCAUGGGCUGCCACCCCGCACCUCAGGGGCUGUGCUGCCUGGUCCUGGAUGAGGCGUCGAAGACCGUGCGCGUCGCCGCGACGCUGGAGCCGUCGGCCUCGGUGAACCUGGAGUACCUCCUCUUGGCCCUGAAGGUGAGGAAGACGGCCUCCCGCGAGCCCCUCUUCUCCCUGGACCCCAUCGACCCCAAGAACCUGGAGAACUCACCCCAGAAGAAGGUCUUCGAGCCUUCCUGGCUGGCGGGCACCAGCGCCGGCGACGUCAUGUUCCAGGCCGACUACUUCCUGAAGGAGCUUGCUCUGGGGGAGUACUCGAUGCCCGUCCUCGGGAUGCUGAGCGUCUUUGACUGGUCCGAGAUGGGGGACAAGGACAAGACCUGGUCCGGCCGCGAGUGGUUCGUGGUGAAGAAGGCCGAGGUCCGCAUGGCCGAGGACCAAACCCUCAUCCCGCACGUCCGCAUGGGCGUGGAGGCCCGGGAGCAGAUCGUGACGCCCAAGGGCCUGGAGGAUGCCCCCGUCACGGUGCCCACGCACCCCCUCAAGAAGUUUGCCGAGGCCUUCACGCGGAACUUCGACCUCAUCGCCGAGCGCAAGAGUGUCAUCUUCCACCUUCGUGAGUUGGCCAAGGCCUCCGUGAUGGCCAAGUACCUGGUGGACUCGAAGGCGCGCAUCGACCCAUCCUGGUAUCGCUUGGCGGACGAGAUCGUGAAGGGCGCCGCGCCGGAGCCCCACAUGGAGAUCCCCCAGCUGUGGAACAUGCGCGGCAACUCGCGCAUCAAGCUCAAGAACGGGCGCCUCAUCGACAUGGUCACGGGUGGCCAGAGCAAGCUCCAGGCCAUCUAUGGUGGCGUCGAGUUUGGCUUGGACCGUUUCGAGCUUGCUCAGCGGCAUGCGCUGCAGGGCCAGCCGCAGCCGACUGGAAUGCAGCUGGGCCAGUCAGGGCGGCCGAUGUUCAUGCCGCAGCGCUUCCAGCUGGGCCAGCGCGAGAUGCCACAGGGUGUGGACCUCAACUUGGACAAGUUCUCCCUCUCCACGGAGGAGCGCUUUCGGGGCCGCCUCCCACCCUGCAGCGGCGACGCCGCGUCCCUGGAAGGCCGCACCACGCUGGGCAAGGCCUUCCUCAGGAGCCUGGGCCAGAAGUCCUGGCCCGGAAUGAAGGUGGACGACCAGAAGCUGCUGCUGAACAUCUUCGACGUCCCGCAGUGCGACCGCACGGAGGAGGGCGACGCCUUCACGCCGCCCGAUCCCAACCUCGAGUACAUCGUGAAGGUGCGCAGCCUCGUGGGCGAGGAGCGCAGCACCCGCGAGCGGCGCCGGGCACGCUUCGCGGACAAGAGCUUCGUGAUGGCGAACCCGGGAUCGGAGUUCCCGCGAUCCUGGACCUCCCGCUUCCAGGUCGAGCUCGAGGGGCGCGUCUCGCACACCGUGCCCACGAACUUUGGCUUGGUGAAGUUGGAGGUCGAUGAGGCCUUCAAGCGCAGCCUGCUCGAGGACGUGAUUCCCAAGGCCGCCCCGGAGUUCCAUCAGGUCACCGAAGACGGAAUCGCCUUCCGGAUCUACAAGCUUGGCAGCCUGGAGGUCCGCACCAUCCAGGAGGUCGAUGCACCCGAGAUGGUUCACGUGGUGUUCUCCUCCCGCGCGGUGUCCUGGGAGACGAGGAGUUCCAAGCCGCAGGAUCAGUUGGGCAAGGAGAAGCUCAGCCGAUGCCGGGUGUAUGUGGAGGCCAUGGAGCACGAGGCCUGCAACAACUACUACAUCGUCCUGGACACGAACGAGAAGAGUGUGCUUGUGACUGAGCGCAAGUCCGAUGGAUCCUUGUCCUGGCUGCAGAACCCUCACAACCUGGAAGAUCGCAACUCCUUGGCCAAGUUGCUCUUCACCGCCGACUGCAAGGAAGGCCUGAGCCUGGCAGACGUGAAGCCGCACUUCGAGGCCCAGCCGCGCGACACGGACGGCGAGCAUCGCAAGCGCUACGCCAAGGCGCUCUACGUCUACACCACGGGCCGAAGCUUGAAGGGCAAGUGGGGAGGCAGCGCCCGCCGCUACAUGGCGCCCCCGAUGCGCGGCCUCGGUGUUCAGGAACGUGAUGUGGCUCGCCAGGAACUCUGGGAUGCGAGGGCUGUGAGAGGAGGACGAGGAAUUGCCCUGCUGCUGGGUUGCAAGACCAUUCGCACUUCCAGCACAUGCGUCGUUUUCAGCAGCACUUUUGAGAUUUGCUUUGGCCGAGAUGGGCAGGAAGUCCAGCAGACGCCCCGCGCCCACAACUCCUGGGCUUUGAUUGGAGGUUCUGACCGGAGUAUAGGUAAAGCCGAGCUUGGCGCUGCGGUCGCGGCAGAGCUCCCAACCAGCGUCUGCUGGACGCCCAGCCCCUAUUCUCAACGCUUCGCACCGCGAGACGCCCAGAGGGCGGACGCCGAGAGAGGAUGGCCAGAGCGCAAAGUGCCUCAGGUGCGGCCGGGUAAACGGGGUGGUUGCCCCUGGGAUGCACUCGCGAAGCAGCUGCUAAGGCCCAUCGCGGGGCUUCCCCUGGAAGCCCACGAGGACGUCAGCGACCGCAAAGCUCGGCGCUGGCCUGACCGCGUCCGCAGGAUCUCGAACAAGUUCCUAGGAAGACUGGGUAGGAAGCCUCCAGACCAAGAAGAGCUGCGAGACAUCCUAGCCUGGACGCUGACCCCCCCAAGGAGUUGGGACCUCGACGACAUCGCCGAAGGCCUCUUGGCCCACCGCAAGUCUGAAGAGGUCGAGCGCCCGGAUGGCCAGACGGACAUCGUCGAGAGAGGCAGAUGCGAGGUGCUCUUGGACGCGCCGCUGGAAACGGUCUAUGCCCUGGUGAACGACCCCACGGAGCGGGCGCAGUGGGAUGACGUCAUCGGCCCAACGCUGCGAAAGCACGAGGCGAACGGCUUGAGCUUCGUGUCCUUCAAGUUCGAGGCGAUGAUGGGCCUGGCCGCGCACGACUUCUUGCAGUGGGAUGCCCAGCAGGCUUUCGACCGCAGCCGCCAAGAGUGCAAGGAGUUCAGACCUGGACUGGGCCACUGGAGCCACGUGGUGCUCUGGCGCCCAGCUUCUGCGGCUGGGGAGGGACUCCCAGCACAUGAAGGUUGCUACAAGGCGGUUGCUUUUGCCCUGGGGCUGGUCCGCCACGCAAGAGACCCCGAGCGGCAGACGAAGAUGGUGGCGAUGGCCCGAGUUCGCUUCAGCUCGGGGCUGAUCCAGUACAUCCUCCCGCGCGUGAUCCGAUCAGUGCUGCACUCCCAGUCGCAGAAGCUGAUGCAAGUGAUCAGCGAUCUUAGCACGGAUCCAACGCGGCGGCAGACUUUGCGCCAGAAGGGCCUCCAAGGCUUGGCCAGAACGGCCAGAGCCUCUGCCCCCCCGGCCGCGCAGGCAGAGGUGGGGUCGCAGAAGGUGCGGGCGCUGCGCCUCGCCCGUCCCAAGGCUUCCACGGCAAAGCCCAAGGAAGACGCCGCGCCCACCUCGAAGCCAGCGUCGGCCGAAGCUCCUGAGGCGCAAGAAAAGAGUGAGUCGGUGCAGGAGGCGAGAACGGCGAGCCCUGUGAAGCUGCGCAGGGGCAGCGUGAAGCAACGCAGGUUUUCACAGGGACAGGAACCCGGACCUCCCACCCAACAGGAGGACGUGCUACCAGAAGCUUUGCCCGCACCAGUGGACCCCUUCCUCCUGUCCUCCCCGCUGCCCGGCGCGAGCAAGGAUCCUGAUCCUCCGCCUUCGGACUCGGAGCUUUCGAAGCCCCAAGCGAAAGAAGAUCCCGAGCCCCGCUCUCAGCAGCAAGCACCAAAGUCGGGCCCAGAACUUCCCCAACCAGACCUGGAGCCUCCCAAGUCGGACCCAGAACCGCCGGACGGCCCGAAGUUCACAGGGUCGGCUUCCGAGCCCCGGAAGUCGGGUUCCGAGCCUCUCGGGCCUCCCCCAGCUCCCGCGACGGAGAAUCUUGGGAGCCCCAGCUCCUCCCGACGCGGCAGCAUCUUGGCCGAACCCGGGGCAGGGAGGGGUUGA